AUGACGAGUGGGAUUUUGAAGGAGGCGAGGCACCCAAACCUACCAAUCGCUACUUUUAAAUGCCUAGCGAUAUUCAAGCGUGUAUUAGAGGAGGAAGAGUCCAAGAUGAUAGGAGACCAAAAGAAGGAACUCUCUGAGCUAGUGAAGUGGUCCGAGGAUUCUGGUGCCAUGUGGCUCCACAUGCUUCUCUCAAGCGGCUUUUUUGAUUCUCCAAGCUUCCCAUGCAUGCAAUUACGGAGGCACAAAGGUGCCGAUUGGUGGGACGAGCGCCUCAUCGAGUAUGAGGAUACAGAAGAAGUGGAAACAUUCGUGGCCAACAAGCUACACGACCUGGAAGCUUAUGACAAGAUCAAGGACAAAGUUGAGCAUUACAAAGCUCUUAUGGACAACAAGGAGAUGGAACUGGAUACGUUUAUUCGCACUGUCUCUGCACUCCUCGACUCAAAUUGA